AUGUCUGUCACAGGGAUAGAUAAGUCUCAAACACACUCUAAUCAUAUAGUUAACGUAAAAUUCAAAUCCGUUCAUACAUCAUUUUCGCGAAACAUUGAAUGUCAUGUGCUAAACAGUAUCACAGGAAAACUACCUCCGGUGCGCGUCAAUCUCAACAAUUUCAAGAUACCGAGCAACAUACGAUUAGCUGAUCCCUAUUUCCACAUACCGGGCUCCAUAGAUAUGCUUAUAGGCGCUGAGAUGUUUUGGCAACUGUUAUGCGUGGGACAAAUACGCAUCCACCAAAACCUACCUACACUACAAAAGACCCAGCUCGGCUGGAUCGUCGGUGACAAGACAUACAAUGAUGGUCCGAUAGGGUCCGAGGUCUGUACCUUGUCAACUAAUCAACAGAUCAAUCAAGCAGUGAACAAGUUCUGGGAAAUGGAGUUCAUCACUAAUAAAAUGUCUUUCAAUCCUGACGAAAGAAAUUGCAUGGAGCGCUUCGCCGAGACUACUACAAGGAAUGCAGGCGGACGUUUCAUCGUGCAAAUGCCUGUCAAGGAGGCCAAGUUACGACAACUUGGUGAAUCUCGCAAUACAGCAUUGAACAGAUUCCUCAGUUUGGAGCGCAAAUUACACAAGCAACCAAGGCUGAAGGAGCAGUACGUACUCUUCAUGAACGAGUACUAA